AUGGGGUUUACCGAAACACUUGCCUUGGCACAAUGUCUACUCUCGUCUCUGACCUAUGCCAGCGUGUCAAACUUGAACCCCCACGAAACUGCGCUACAAUACCUCACGGGUGCUGGUUUGGAGCAAGGCCCGACGCCUAUUCCUUAUUACCCUGCACCAGAUAAUGCGCCUGGUGGAUGCGUGUGCAAUCUAGGUUAUAUCUGGGGGAACUACACGGUGACUUAUGCUCAGAGUAAUCCUUGUUCGGCAUAUGAUAUAGUCUCAGCUGGUGUUGAGACCGAAGCUAGCUGUCAGUGCUGUUGGGAUUCAUCUAUUUUGUCUGGCAUUGUCGAGCUAUGUCCCAACAAUGACCUCUCCGCUCUCGCUAUCGAUAUAAUGCUUGACAGCUUUGAGGCUGGUUAUAAUAACUCGGCAUCUGACCAAUGUUCCAUACUUACUGAUGGUGCACAAUGUGCUGCCUCGUUUUCUUUGGAUACUGUCGCAAGUACGUGGUACAAUCCAGGCCAACUUCCGUCAGGUUACCCCGGAACGGCAUCUCUCUCAGACACCAACGCUGGUGGCAGUAUUACAAGUGCCCCGGACCCAUACACAUAUUCGAUUUUUCCAAGUUAUAUCUCUGUUAUUACCCCGGCUCCAUAUAAUUCAAAGAAAGCCGCCGCGACAAACACGGUAACUGCUAUCGAAACCGGCACCGUAACCUCUGCUACUGGGGUCUCUCCUACCGUGACAGGUGCUACGGGCGGCCCUACGAGCUCUCCUGCCUCCAAACAGGGCUCUGCAAGUAAUAUUAUAUCUCCAUUUGAUGCUUGGCGUCUAGCGAUAUAUAUCGUCACCUGUGCUGUUGUGUCUGGUAUAGCACUAACGGCAUAG